AUGCGCUCGACCAUGCGCGCCGUCAUGAUGCCGGUCCUGAGAGACCUUCGCUACUCACCGGCAGCAGGCCGAGCCUUCUCGACAACCCGGAGCCGUCGCGCGGCUAAUCAGAUCUACGCAUCCGUCCGCCGUCCCGAGGACUUCCACACCUACCAGCUUCUGUCCUCGUCCUCGCGCACGCCCCUCAUAACGCUCUGGACGGCCUCCUACUGCGCCACCUGCCGCACCGUGGCGCCCCUAAUCCGCUCCGUCAUCGAGUCGGGCGUCGGCGAGGCCGAGGGCGGCGUCGGCUACUGCACCGUCGAGUACGACGCCCCGGACAUCAUGGCCGACGCCCUCGGCCAGACCUACAUGAUCUCGUCGCUGCCCACCCUGCUGUCGUUCGAUGCCGGCGAGGCCCAGGUCACCACCAAGGUUGCCGAUCCGCGGAAGCUGGCCGACCGCGCGUUUUUGGAGGAGUGGGUGAGGGAAGAGGCGAGACGGCAUGGCGGACGCGGUGGUGGCGGUGGAGGAGGAGGCCUCUUUGGGGGUCUGUUUGGGAGCUUGAGGUGA